ACAGUGUUACUACAUAUAACACAUGUGUGAGACUUGGCUCACUCAGAUCACGUGUUUCAUCUUCAUGGACCUCAGAGCUGUCCUGACCACUGUCCUCAGCUCUCGAGAACACAGCAUUUUCAAGGCACUAGUGUUUAUCUUCUCCUCCCUGUGCGCCUGGUAUUCUGGGUACUUGCUUGCGGAGCUCAUUCCUGAGGUGCCCCUGUCCAACACCCUCUACAGUAUCCGAAGCAUUGGAGAGAGACCUGUCCUCAAAGCCCCAGCCCCCAAAAGGCAAAAAUGUGACCACUGGGCCCCGUGUCCUCCUGACACCUAUGCCUACCGACUGCUCAGUGGUGGUGGCCGGGACAAGUAUGCCAAGAUCUGCUUUGAGGAUGAGCUGCUCUUAGGAGAGAAGACGGGGAACGUGGCAAGAGGGAUAAAUAUUGCUGUCGUCAACUAUGAGACUGGGAAGGUGAUAGCAACAAAGUUCUUUGACAUGUAUGAAGGUGAUAACUCAGAGCCAAUGGCCGAGUUCAUUCAGAGUGCCCCUUCGAAGUCCCUGCUGUUCAUGGUGACCCAUGAUGAUGGGAGCUCCCGAUUAAAGGCUCAAGCAAAGGAUGUUAUAGAAGCUCUUGGAAGCAAAGAAAUCAAGAACAUGAAAUUCAGGUCAAGCUGGGUGUUUGUUGCAGCAAAGGGUUUUGAGCUCCCUUCAGAAAUCGAGAGAGAAAAAAUCAACCACUCGGAUCAAUCCAAGAACAGAUACUCGGGCUGGCCAGCAGAGAUCCAGAUUGAAGGAUGCAUACCCAAAGGGCUGGGAUAGCCAUGUUUGGACCUCAAUA